AUGGAACCAAUACAAGGCGAAAAAAAAAUUGGUGACCCGAAUUACAGGUACAAAAUGAAUACGAUCAAUUUUCAAAAAGAACGAACAAAGACUUGUAUUACAAAUCUCCCAAAAAUUGCAUUAGACCUCAAAAUCCCAACACAUGAUCUAAUUGUAAUUUAUCUAAAAAAGCGUCUGUCUUUGGCGAUUGUUGAAAGGGAUUGCAAAGUGAUUAUCACAAAUGAUGUUGACACGAACACGAUUAAGUUGGCAUUAUAUGAAUUUAUUGAUUACUUUGUUUUAUGUAAAAAAUGCGGAUUUCCGGAGCUCAACUAUGAUAUUGAGAAAAAAAAAUUGGUUGUUUUUUGCAGAAGUUGUGGAAAUACUGGAACAAUUGACGAAAACAAAUAUACCGAAAAAGUCAUAAGAGCUUUUGAAACAAAAAUAAAAACAAAAAAUUAA